GUCUCUCAGCUGUAAACACUGCCUCAGCGAAUCAUUGAAAUGUGACGUGAAUUGUGAAUGCGAGUGCACGCGGGGAUCUAGGAAUACAAAGAGUUCCUCACUUAGAGAACUGGGAAGCCGUCGCAACUUCUACAAUGAUGGGAGUCCUGGGCGUCCUACUGCUGGCUCUGGCCUUGCAUGAAGCACAAGGAGCCAACCUGACUGACAUGUAUGGUACCCUGCAUUCCCCCAACUACCCAGAAUCUUAUGAAAAAGAAGUGGAGGUCACAUGGAAUAUCAGCGUCCCCGAUGGAUUUCAAAUAAAACUUUAUUUCAUACAUUUUGAUUUGGAGCCUUCCUACCUCUGUGAAUAUGACUAUGUAAAGGUGGAGGCGGAGCAGGAAGUGCUGGCCACGUUCUGUGGGAGGGAGGAGACGGACACAGAGCAGGUCCCAGGAGAUCAGGUCAUCACCUCCCCCAGGAACGUGCUGAGCGUCACCUUCAGAUCGGACUUCUCCAACGAGGAGCGCUUCUCCGGCUUUGAGGCCCAUUACAGCGCAGUGGAUGUGGAUGAGUGUCGGGACAGGAACGACGAGGACCUAGCCUGUGACCACUACUGCCACAACUACAUUGGGGGCUACUACUGCUCCUGUCGCUAUGGUUACGUGCUGCACUCCGACAACAGGACUUGUAGAGUGGAGUGCAGUGACAGUGUGUUCACAGAGAGGACGGGGGUUCUGUCCAGCUCAGACUACCCCAGGUCUUAUCCCAAGAGCUCUGACUGCCUUUACCGCAUUGAGCUGGAGGAGGGCUUCCAGGUCAACCUGGAGUUUGACGAUACCUUUGACAUCGAAGACCACCCUGAGGUCACAUGUCCCUAUGACUACAUAAAGAUCCAGGCAGGGCAGAGGGAAUUUGGGCCACUGUGCGGUGACCGUUCCCCUGGCCGCAUCCAGACGGGAAGCAACAGCGUCCAGAUUCUCUUCCACAGUGACAACUCCGGGGAGAACGUGGGCUGGAGGCUGUCCUACACCGCUGUGGGAAGUCAGUGCCAAGUCCUACAACCCCCAGAAAAUGGGCAGCUAGAGCCUGUUCAACCACAGUACACCUUUAAAGACCACGUCCUUGUGACCUGCAACCAUGGAUACAAAGUGUUCAAGGAUGAUGAAGAACUGGAACACUAUCAAAUUGUGUGUGAAAAAGGUGGUUCAUGGAGCAGCACAGUGCCGACUUGUAAAAUGGUAGACUGUGGUGCUCCAGAGGAGAUUGAAAAUGGGACAGUGACAUUUGAAGGCCCCAGCAACAGUACCUUGCUUGGUUCAAGGAUCCAGUACUCCUGCACUAACCCGCUCCACCACCUGUACCCCAGCGGCAACAGCACCUACACCUGCACAGAGGCAGGGGUCUGGACCAGCGAAGAGCUCGGCACCAAACUGCCGUCCUGUCAGCCAGUGUGUGGAGAGCCGGGGCAGGCGUUCCCGGCCCUGCAGAAGCGCAUUGUGGGGGGGCGGAGCGCGGUGCCCGGCCUGUUCCCCUGGCAGGCGCUGCUCAUGGUGGAGGACGUGUCCCGCGUCCCAGAAGGCCGCUGGUUCGGCAGUGGGGCGCUGCUGUCGGAGUCCUGGGUGCUGACGGCCGCCCACGUGCUGCGCUCCCACCGCCGCGACGCCAGCGUGGUGCCCGUCUCGCCCGAGCACAUCCGCGUCUACCUGGGCCUGCACGACAUCCGCACAAAGCACCUGGCCGUCAACCGCACGGUGGAGCGCGUGCUCCUCCACCCGCGCUUCGACCCGCGCAACUACAACAACGACAUCGCCCUGGUGAAGCUGAGCCAGCGCGUGGACCUCAGCGGCCUGGCCCUGCCCGUGUGCCUGCCCCCCCCCGGCCAGGACAGCUCCCUCCCCCUGCCCAACACGCUGGGCCUGGUGGCGGGCUGGGGCAUCUCCAACCCCAACGUCUCCACGGACGACACCACCGCGUCCGACCUGGGCGAUCGCUCGGACGUCCUGCAGUACGUGAAGCUGCCGGUGGUGGAUCAGGAGGAGUGCCGGUCCAGCUACGCGUCUCGCUACCGGAAGUACAACAUCACAGAGAACAUGUUCUGCGCAGGCUACUACGAAGGGGGGCGAGACACCUGCCUGGGGGAUAGUGGGGGGGCGUUUGUGAUGGAGGACCCCCACACGGGGAGGUGGGUCGCCCAAGGCCUGGUGUCCUGGGGGGGUCCAGAGAAGUGUGGCAGCCAGCGCGUCUAUGGCGUCUAUACCAGAGUUUCAAACUACAUGCCCUGGCUGCAGAACCACCUGGACUCAGACAGCCAGCGGUGAGAGAUACAGAAGGCUCCAGCCCCCAUAAUGCUCUGCUCUGUCUCACUGCACUCCAGCCCCCAUAGUGCUGUGCUCUGUCUCACUGCACUCCAGCCCCCAAAGUGAUCUGCUCUGUCUCACUGCACUCCAGCUCCUGUAGUGCUCUGCUCUGUCUCACUGCACUCCAGACCCCAUAGUGCUCUGCUCUGUCUCACUGCACUCCAGUCCCCAUAGUGCUCUGCUCUGUCUGACUGCACUCCAGUCCCCAUAGUGCUCUGCUCUGUCUCACUGCACUCCAGACCCCAUAGUGCUCUGCUCUGUCUCACUGCACUCCAGACCCCAUAGUGCACUGCUCUGUCUCACCACACAGCCCCCAAGGUGCUCUGCUCUGUCUCACUGCACUCCAGUUCUCAUAGUGCUCUGCUCUGUCUCACUUUGCUCCAACCCGUACUGUAUUGGUUAGCCAUUACACUUUACACUUACACAGUUACUCUUUUUUGUUCCCUCCCACAUUUGAGUAAAAGCUCCUCCCUUUUUCCACUCUAUCCCAUCCAGUAUUGUGCUCCUCCCUCGUACUCCUUUCACACCGUGAUUUGGCCCCACCCUCUUGUGGUCAGUCACUCCUGUUAUACUGCCCAGAGUGGCAGGCAUUGUAAUCACUGCAGUCUUCUUAAAAGAGGUCAGCAUGUAUUUCUGUAGUCUACUUUAAUACUCUUGUGUUUGGCUCAUUUGUUUAUUUAGUACUCAUUUUUAUAUUGUUACUGCAGUUUCGUACGUGAGUUAUUACGAUUAGUUGCUCAUUGAAAAAUAAAGCCUUUUUUUCAGUAAA